AUGCAGAUGUCUCUGUUCGAUCUGCCCAAUGAACUCUAUUUCAUAAUCGCACAGCAUUUACCAGACCAUGCCAGCAGGUCAGCACUGAUGAGAACUGAUCGUCGGCGGUAUAAUCUUCUUCGUGAAUACAUUUAUGAUCAGAUUUCUGGCAACGAGAAGAACGAGACGCUCAACUGGGCCGCCAAGCAUGGCUUUGAAAAUGUUGUGCGGGCGAUGCUGCGACGCGGAGGCGAUAUUCGGGUGGACAGACACUCGUACCUUGACAAUUGGGACCGCCAGCCUCACCCCAGACAAUGGAUCUUCAUGGCACUCGAGGAUGCUGCUAGAAAUGGACAUGCGAGAAUAUUGAAGCUAUUACUCGACCAUCAACCCAGCGCAUUGAACAUGCGUUCGGGAUACAAUGACUCGCCACUUGUUAAAGCAGCUGCCAACGGCCAUUCAGAGGCUGUAAUGGUUUUGCUGGACCAUUCAGCCAAUAUCCCAUCGAAUGCUAUUAACGAGCUUGGCAUUGGCCCUCCUAGCUCCUUUGACUUCAGCAAUGCCUUGAGGCAAGCUUUGCAAGAGGGACGGGAAGAAAUCGUCAAAAUUCUGCUGGCGGAUGGUCGCGUGAAGCUAGACGGCCAGAGUUUGGCUUCAGCUGCUUGGGGUGGGAAUGAGAGUCUCGUUGAGCUCUGUCUGCGUGAAGCACCUCCAUGGCCGCCCAAGAGCGGAUAUAACUCACCACUGGGAGCAGCCGCGCACCAGGGGCAUGAAGCUGUCUUCAAGAUGAUUCUAAGCUCGGAUGGUGUCGAUCCAAACAUGAGAGAUAACUCACUGCGGACCCCUCUCUCUGUCGCCGUGCAAUCUGGAAACUCCAACAUUACGAAGAUUCUCCUCGAAACACCAGGUGUUGAGCUCGACCCCAAGGAAAAUUCGGGCGCAACUCCCCUCCUUCAUGCCGCUGGAAAGGGUGAUACUGAAUUGGUCCAGUAUCUGUUGGCAACUGGAGCUGUCGAAGUUGACAGCAAGGGCUCGUGUGAUUUUACCCCUCUAUUUGCUGCUGCGAGCAAUGGCCACGAGAAGAUUGUCAGCAUGCUCAUUGCAGCAGGUGCGGAUCCUGAUCACCGAGAGUCGUACGGUCGGACAGCACUGGGAUCUGCUGCGUUCUUUGGAGCAGGCAAAGUGGUCAAAGUCCUGCUUGAAACUGGACGCGUGGACCCGUCCUCGAGGGACCGCCCCAAGAUGACCCCGUUGAUACAGGCAGCUAGGUCUGGCAGGUUUCUGGGUAGACCCGACGAUUUCGUUCGUGAUAAAGCAUACGAACAAGAAACGGAGAAAAUUAUCAUCCCUCUGCUCAGAGGGGAGAAGGUAGCAACCUCGGUUGCGAGUCGGCUACCGCUUGAACUAGACACCAUGCAGGAUACGUCGACCCGAGAGGCACUAUCGGUGAUGGAGCAACUGCUCGCUCUAGAUGAAGUUGAUCCUAAUGCACAAGAUAGUACAGGUCGGACUGCCCUAUCUCACGCCGCAGAAAUGCACGAGGUGGAUGCAGUACGAAUAUUGGUGGAGGACAGGCGGGUGGAUGUGAAUCUUGCCGACAAUGAUGGUUGGACUCCAAUGAAUUGGAUUAAGAAAAAGGUGAAACCGUGCCGUUGGAAUUAA